UUCGCAGUCUGCGGUGAGGACCGUCGCCGAAAGGAACCUGAAGGCUUUGCUACGAUUUUCGGGAUGAAUAUUGUCGUGUUGCUUUCGCUGGUGGGCGUGGCUGCCUGCAGCACCUCCUUCAUCGGGGCGGAUCGGGCCAGGGACGUCGAUCUGCAGUACACCUUCGUCAACGACGCCGGCCAGGAGGUGAGAGUGGAGGUCGAGGCCAAGCGCCUGGGCCUGUCCCUUCGGAGACAUCCCGACUCGGAGCUGGACGUCGAGAAGGAAGUCAUUUCCGACGGCGAGGAAGCUUCUGACGACGCCGCGAGCGCUCGCCGGGUCGCCGCCGUUCCGGCAGCGAAAGCUCCUGCCGUCUCACCCCGCUACGCUCAGGCCGAGGCCGCCCCGCGAACUCGACUCGUCCAAGCUGCUCCUCGCAGACAAGUGGAAACUCGCUUCGUUCAAGUGGGAGCCGUUCCUGCUCCUCAGCCUGAGGUGAAGACGCGCUUCGUUCAGGUUCCUGCUCCCCAGCCUCAAGUGGAAACGCGUUUCAUCCAAGUGGAGGCCGUUCCUGCUCCUCGGCGUGAAGUGGAAACACGUUUUGUCCAAGUGGAGGCUGUUCCUGCUCCUCGACGUGAAGUGGAAACACGUUUCGUCCAAGUAGAGGCCGUUCCUGCUCCUCAGCGUGAAGUCGAAACGCGUUUCGUCCACGUUCCCGUUCCCCAGCCCGAAGUGGAAACGCGUUUCGUCCAAGUGGAGGCCGCUCCUGCUCCUCCCAGUUUCGUCCAAGUACAAGCUGUCGCUGCUCCUCGCCGCGAGGUGGAAACUCGCUUCAUUCAGGUCGGGGCUGCUUCUCAGGGCGCCAGCUACUCCGCCGGGCGCCGCGGUCGGCGCCCCGCCCUCCGAGGCCGCUUCUCCCACUCGUCCGCCGACGACAGCGCCGAGAAGUGAGCGCAGAGGAGCGCUGUGUUUGCUGUCCACCAUGCCUUAACGUUUAAUAUUAUGACUAUUUAACA